AAGCCCAACGCCUGCUGCCACAGCCACAGUGCCUCUGCAUCCACUCAGUGAGAAAUGGCUCCCAAAAAGCCCACACAGAUUCUAGAAGAUGUCCUGGAGAACCUGUCAGAGAGGAACUUUAAGAAGUUCUGCUCAGGACUUGUGGGCCGGGAUAAACGUGUGAAGAAGAACCAGGUGGAGAAGAAAGACUUCUUGGAGGUUGCAGAGGUGAUGAUUGAUAAAUAUGCAGAUGAAGCUCUGAAGGUGGCCGAGGAGCUGCUCAGAGAUAUGGACUGCGAACAGGCAGCAAACGACCUGGUUGAAGAGACUAAAGAGGCAGGUUUAUAUUGGGUAGCUGAUUCCCCCAGUGAAAUGACAGUGAAAGACUUUUGGAUGUCCAAAAAGGAUGAUCCAGAGGUUUACUCUGUGACUGAAAACAACUACAGGAACCGAGUAGCUCUGCUGAUCACCAACAUCAAGUUCUCUGAUGAGAAACUGAGCAGACAUGGAGCAGAGAAAGACGAGGAGAACAUGGAGAAACUCCUCCAAAGUCUGGGAUACGAGGUGGUAAAAUACCAAAACCUCACUGGAAAGCGGAUUGAUGAAGCUUUGAAAGACUUUGCCAAACAUCCCAAACUGAAGCAGACUGACAGCGUGUUCGUGGUCAUUAUGUCUCACGGCAAACUGGGGAAAAUUCUUGGGGUUGACUGUAAAGAGGGAAACCCUGAUGAAUUUGCAGUCGACAAAAUUUACAAAUACUUGAACUCCAAUGGCUGUCAGGCACUAAUAAACAAACCAAAGGUCGUCAUCCUGCAGGCCUGCAGAGGAGUGAGAAGUGGAGCCACWACUUGGGUCCAUGAUGGUGAAAGCACCGGGCCCCCUGCUGCUCUGCCUGAGGAACAGGGACCAGAGCUGGAAAAAUCUGCACACGUAGAAAAAGACUUCAUUGCUCUUCUGGCCAGCACUCCUGACAACAAGGCGUACAGAGAGACAGCAAACGGGUCCAUCCUCAUCCAGAACAUCGUGAAGGUUUUCACUCCAGAAUCUUAUCAGAAACACAUUAUUGAUCUUUUCACCAAGGUCCAGGACUUUGUAUCGAAAUGUGGCGACGACAAACAGAAACAGAUGCCAGUUAUUGACAGAAUGACGCUGAACAAGAAGUUUUACCUCUAUCCUGGACUCCUGGACAACUAAUAUGACAUGUUUUAAUAUGAUAGGAAGCAGAACUUUCAGUACUUUUUCUCUGUCCRAUUAUGUAACUGAGCAGUAAGUAAAUGUGACAAGUUUCCCAGAAGCCUUUUGAGUUACGAGAUUCUGAAACUGUGGAUUCUAAACUUCAUAAUGAUAUCAAACAUUGACAAAGAAUGAGGACGAUAUAAUCAGUUUCAAAGUUUUCCCCAAACUGCUGAUCUGUUCAUCUACGUUACUUUGCAUUAACUCCACCUUCAGCUCUGACUGUCAACAGGAAGGUGAGCAGAGAAAAACUCUCAUUAACCAGCUUCUGUUUGCUGAUYUAGCUGGAAAGAUUUAUUUCUAUCAGUUUUCACUUCUUUGCCCAGCAGGGCUGUGAGUUUCUGUCUUGUCAGUGUUUGUCUGUAAAAGUCUGAAUUCACUUUAACAAGAAAUCUACAUCACAACAUCAUCAGUGGCUUCAGUGAGUGUUUGGCAAAAGGAAUGACAAAAAAAUAACUUUAUUCUACAUCUAUGUACAUWAUGGCCAAUUUAAAUGGCACAUAGUUUUAAAUCAGUGGUUGUUGGAUCAUCAUGAUUUUGUGGUUUUUGUUUCUGGUUGUUCAUGGUUCAAAGUUUUGYUUUUUUAGUUUUUCUUUGUAAGUUUGUCUGAAUGAUUCUGGGGUUCCCCUUCCUGAAUAGUUUCUGUUAUUUCUGUAAGUCUUUCAUGAUCUGUGYUUUCAGCUCCUCGGCCUUUUGAAAGUAAUCAAGCCCGUUGCAUCUACCUGUGUUCCUGUGUCUCAUGCUGCUCACCUGUUUCACCUGGCAUUAAACUCCUGUCWUUUUCACUGCUGGAUUCUAGUUUCUGAUUCAAAGAAUCGACAUGCAAGGAAGGCAGCAGGUGUGCGAAUGACCCGUUCCCAAGAAAGUGACAAAAAAUGACAAUACAGGACUCUUCUGAGGUCCUGCAAUUAGAAUAAUGAGUAAACUUUAAAAUCUUCUCCGUCGAGCUCAUACCAAGCAUAAUACAGCAGGUGUCCACACUUUUCUUCUCUGAAACCAACUUUGACACAAAUAAGGUAUUCACAAUAAAGGAAUUUAAAUUAAA